AUGGCAUACGGCUGCUACUGGGGUUGGACGCAGCCGCACGUGGUGGACAUACUCCCGCUCCAACCAGCUGGAGACUAUCUGGUCUCGCUAGAGGCGCACAUUAUGAGCAAGUGCCCGGACGCGAGGGAUUGCUUGGAGCAGCUCAUCCUACCCGCGAUGGAGCAGGUCGCUGACCUCGUCAACUUCACCCUGUCGUUUAUCGGAACACCUACAGAGCACAAUGAUGGCGUUGCCUGCAUGCACGGUCCUGCAGAGUGCCUCGGAAACAUCAUCGAGCUCUGCGCCCAGAAGCUUUACCCGGACCCGAAGACGUUCCUCGGCUUCACCAUGUGCAUGUCGAAGGACUACCCCCAGAUUCCGCAGCGGAGCCUGAUAGAAGACUGCGCGCUGGAGCACGCUAUCGACUUUGAGGCGCUCAACAAGUGCGCGAGCGACGACCUCGACGGGACGGGGGCUAGCUUGCUCAGGGACAGCGUGAAGAGGAGCGCAGAGGCGGGCGUCACUAUGAGCUGCACAGUCCGGCUUGACGAAAAAAUCUACUGCAUUCGCGACGAUGGGGAGUGGAAGUCGUGCCCAACGGGGGCGGGGGUGGAUACCCUAGUUGACGAGGUCAAGAAGUUGAGGUCCGGGUCGGUAUAG